UGUGCUCUCUUCCUCUCGCUUUCCCAGGAGUGGCCACUCCAGAUCAAAUACGUCCAGCUCCGGGACGCCGGCCUGUACGAGUGCCAGGUCUCGACGCAUCCACCGACGUCGAUAUUUGUCCAGCUGGACGUUGUCGAAGCGAAAGCGGAGAUUUUCGGCCCCUCGGAGAAGUAUCUGAAGCCGGGUUCGACGCUGCGGCUCACGUGCCGGGUCGUCAAGAGCAACGAACCCCCGCUGUACAUCUUCUGGUACCACAACAACCGGAUGAUCAACUACGACGUCCACCGGGGCGUGAACGUGUCCACCGAGGCCGAUAACCGCUACUCGGAGCUGGUGAUAACGCACACCAACACGCUCAACUCGGGCAACUACUCGUGUGUGUCGAACAACGCGGUCGCGGCGUCCACGCUUGUGCACAUCCUGAACGGUGAAAACCCUGCAGCGAUGCAGCACGGCGACCACGGCAACGGCGUCCUGGUGGCGGUCCAGUACCGGCUGCUGCUCGGGACGAUUGUAACAUAUCAGGUCAUCAAUCGGUUGCUUUGCGCACGUCAUUAGUGGCAAUUGUGUAAAAAGGUAUGAACAAGUUAUUGAAUUCAGCUAGAGAAAAAAAAAAUGCAAUGAGUGCAAGGAAAAGUAAGAUUAUAUGGUAAGCUGAGAGGGUGGAAAAACGAUGAAAAUUGUGGGAAGAAGAAAAAACAUUGAAAGGUGCUGUAUUACUAGCAUUCUGGUGAAAGUGAAAAUGAGGUGAGCAUCAAGAGAACUGAUGAUUGGAUACUGAGUAAGGUUGUUCUAGAGAAAAUUUGAAGGAUUAAGAUUUGUUUUCGAAUAAGAAUUUGAAAUUGAAAUUACAAAAGUUUUUUUUUUAAUUCGAAAUUUAUUGUUUGUUUAAAUUUGGAGAAAUUUAUUUUUGUAUUUUUGUAUCAAAAAAAAUGUAUUUUUAAUUAAGACUUACCAUUCCUUCAGUUGUUAGUGAUGAAUUAAAUCGUGAUGUAAAUAUAGGGUUAAGUAUGAAGUAGACUAGAAUGCAAAAAUCAUGUAGUAUAACCGAUCUAGAAUGUGACAAGUUGGAACUGGUACAACAUACUAGAAGAAAAAAAAAACACACACACACAGAAACUCUUACUCAGCCCACUGGAAGAGACAACCUAGCUAAAUAAAUUAUAACUUAAAUUCCAUUUCAUCCCCAUUUUGAAAAGGAAAGACAAGAAAAAUCUAUUCACAACCAAUCAAUCAUCGUUCAUCCCUGUCCUUUUCUGGAAAAUCAAAACUGUUAACUACUAAUAGAUGGAUGCUGUAACUAAACCACAGAAAAUAAAAGUUGACGGGAAUCUCUUUUGGUGGUGGAUUAUAAGUUUGACCUAAUUGUCAAAAUUAAAAUCCAAAACCAUGAUUUCUCUACCCAGAAACCUACAGUUAGAUUUAGUGUGUAGCGAAAAAAUUCUGACCCACAAAACCAACUGAACAAAACAAAAACUAUGUAUGUCGACGAAAGCAAACAUUUUUGUAAUAUCAUUUGUACGCAGUGUAAUUUUUGUAAAACUUUUCUCCUCUACCCAGUGCGCAGCAACUUGGAACAAAGCGAACAAAAAAAAACUAGAGUCAGUCAACUCCGUUGAACCCUGCAAGCCAUACUGAUUACGUAAAGUGCAACAAAAACCGAACAGCGUAAUUGGGUUUUGUUUCAACCUCUGGGAGAAGUUGGGCAAAGCCAAUCAAAACAAAAACUGGCGCAUAAAAUGGUUAAAAAUUCAACAUAAAUGUAUAGUUGUAAAUACAAAAGUGUGUCAGUAAAAACAGUAAAAAAUCAAAAACCAAAAAAACCAAUCAGAAAAAAAUGUGUCACUUGCAGCGCAAAAUGUUUA